AUGGAAAUGUCUUCAAUCUCUCAUAUUAUUUGACAACUACAUUUUUUUUCUUUUUUUAUGUCAGAAGUAAUACAUUGAACGACUAACGAAAAAUAUUUCAAUUAAUCAUUGUUAAUACACACAAGAAUCAUGGUUGAAAGUGCAACCCUGUUAACACUACCAAGAAUGUGCGACUUGGCUCUGAAUACUCCAGAGGUUGGUGUGGUGAACUUCACCGUUCUCCAUUCCCUUCUGCAAGUAAUGAUAAGUCAGUUGAAUCUAACAGACACUAAUGUGGAAUUUAGAGGAUUGGACAGUGAACGUAUUCAACAGUUCAUGUCUGCUUCAACUACCGGUAAUGCUCUGACUUUAACUGAAUAUACGAUAGGUGGACCAGACCAUUCUGAAGGUGAGGACGUGGAGGAAAAACAAAAUAAGCCCAGAAUGACUAGUGCAGAAAAAGGGUCAAAAGAUGAAUCUCAUAAAGAAAAACCUGGUGAGUCACCUAAGCAUUCAGGAAAAAGUAGUUCGGAGGCAAAAGAUGAAACCCAUCACAAGUCUAAAAAGGUUAUGGCGGCUAAAAGAAAAGAAUCACUCACCACCAAUGAAAAUGAUCGCUCUACUGUCAUUCUCGUCGAAAAUUCGAAGAGUCCGAAUAAUUCUGGGACUAAUUUCACAGUCACUGUUACAAAAGAUCAUUUUCAACAGUUGGAAGACAAAUUAAUUGAAAUAGAAGAACGAAUGAGGGAACUGGAAGCCCUGCCAGGAAACGAAAAAAUAAUACAUGCUCUUGCGUGAGUUCAAACAUUAUAGCUAUUCAU